CGCGACCGUGGUGGCAGCUGGUUGGUCCGUUGAUGAAUUGAGGCAUCCAUGCCUACCGCCGCGUAAACACACACACACACACGUACACGCACUUGGCAUCGCGUCGCGGAGAGACGGACACGUCACACGACACGGGCGAGCGAGAGCGUGAAUACACACCCUCGGCGUGACGUUUCCACGGCGGGCCGAUGUUGUCGCGGAGCCGUGCGAGAUGGUAAAAUGUUGUCGCUGCCGCUGGCCGCCUACCGAGACAGACAUCCGUUGACAAACAGGUGAAGAUGGAAGAUGACGCUGACCUCAGGGAACAGUUGUUUCACAACACCGUGCGGGAGAAUAUAAUAUUUUUACUCCUUUUCCUGCUGCUUUACAUCUCGAGUUACGCGCUGAUCGCGCGCUUUAGACGCCGGGAUCGCGAGGAUUAUCUGUCGGUGGACGAGGAUGAAGCCACCGUGUACAGGAUCAGCCUCUGGCUGUGCACGGUCGCCCUGGCGGUCUCCGUCGGCGCGACCCUCCUACUUCCGGUGUCUAUCGCCAGCAACGAAGUACUCAUUCUCUAUCCGAACAGCUACUACGUCAAGUGGCUUAACAGCUCUCUCGUUCAAGGUCUAUGGAACCACGUGUUUCUGUUCUCGAACCUGUCGCUUUUCGUGUUUCUGCCCUUCGCCUACCUCUUUACGGAGUCGGAGGGUUUCGAGGGCCAUAAGAAGGGCGUGAUGGCGAGAGUAUACGAGACAGUGACGGUCCUCGGUCUUCUGGGCACUCUUGUACUAGGAAUGACUUACGUUCUGUCGUCUCUGUUGGAUUAUCAAAACUCGAGUUUACACACGUUGCUCAAUUUAUGGAGUUAUUAUCUACCUUUCCUGUAUUCCUGCGUCUCGUUCGUCGGCGUGGUGAUGUUAUUGUUAUGCACUCCCGUGGGAUUUGUACGACUGUUUGGCGUGGUGGGGUCGUUUCUCGUUAAACCCCAGUUUCUGAAGAACUUGGACGAAGAGUUUUUUGCGUACAGAUUAGAAGAGGACUGUAUUCGCAGAAGAUUGCAGCAUGUGAAAGCGACGGGGAAGUCGUACGUAUCACCGGUGCCCAUGUCGUCGUCAGCAAGUUGCAGCUCGUCGAUGGAGGAGGAAGACGAGCCGUUACUGAGCAUGAGUCCGGGCUUGCUGUGCCUAAGGAAUGGUGCUUUGCAGAAAGGUCUUUCUCAACGGCUGGACGACAUCCGGAGUCGGAGACAACUGUUGGAUCAACAACGGAGGACCUGGUGGGUUCGACGAACGUUGCUUUAUCCAGUGGCGAUGCUGGCGCUACUCGUUUUAUCUACUGCUACGGCUUUACUGGCGGUGCAAAACACAUUGGAAUUACUGAUAGGAAUCAAAGCGCUGCCGUUGAGCACAAGGCAAUUUACGCUUGGUAUCAGCUCCCUGUCUAAGCUCGGACCCGUCGGCGCGACAAUUGAAGUGGCGGUGAUCCUUUACCUGGCCGUGACCAGCGCGAUCGGCCUAUACGCUCUUCCGGGCGUAAGAAGAGUCCAGCCCAGACUCCGUUCCACGCCGCUCACCCACCUCAUCGCGAACUGCGCCCUCCUGCUGGUGCUCAGUUCGGCCCUGCCGCUGUUAUCGCGAAUUCUAGGAAUGACCAACUUCGAUCUUCUGGGUGACUUCGGGCGCAUUGAGUGGCUGGGAAAUUUUAAGCUCGUGCUUCUCUACAACCUGAUCUUCGCCACGGCGGCGAUCGGCUGCCUGGCUACCAAGUUCACCGCAACUGUGCGCAAAGAAAUCUAUACUCGUCUGAGGAGUAGCUUGCUAGGUAUCUUCAGGAGUAGUGUUUCUACCGACGCGAAGAAAAACUCACCGUCGUCAGGGAUGUUUUCUACAAAGGAAGAUUAGACUGAUUUAUUAUAUUAUUAUAAAUAUAAUUAAUAAGCCACAGUGUGAAAGAAAGAGAGAAAGUGUGUGUGUAUGUGUGCAUGUGUAUGUGUGAGAGAAGAAGGAAAAAGUAUAUCAGGAUCUUGCGAAAGUUCUUGAAAAUUAAGCUCAUUUGAGCUUUCGAAUCACGAGAGAGAGGCUUUUACUUCUCAAAUUUGGUUGUACUAAUCCUACGAUACUCUUGAAUUCUUCUUUGACUGUUAGAGACUUCUUAGAUACUUGCUAGAAUCUAGAUUACACCGAGGUUUUCUAUAUUUCUCGUUAUUUCAAGAAAGAAAGUGAGAGAGAGAUUCUGAAACUUCUUGUUUCUUUUUAAAUUCUUAAAAAUUAUUUUAAUAUCAUUUAUAAUUAGUGUCCGAUACUUGUGUGAGUGUCUGAAAUUGGCUUUGUCGAGGAGCAUCUGAGAUUACGUUGUACUGAAAUCAUUCACCGAUGAGCUCUACAGUUCUUCUCUUUUAAUCCCAGAUAUCCUCACAUUAUAGAAAAUAACGAUGCACCAAAGAGAGCCAACGUAAGCUUAUGCGAAAGCCUAAAGAGUUUGUCAUUUAGAGCCGAGAUUGAGCGAAGGUUCUUGGUUUUGCCUAGUGUGAUAUUUUGUAAUUAAAACGCGCGAGGCCAGUUAAGGACAAUGGAGGGUGAUCAUAUCCAUAAAGUAGCACUAAAUAUUUAUUUAUUAACAUUAACAUUACGUUUAAGAAUAUAUGUAUCUGAAUCUCUCCCUCCGUAACAAGAGAGGAUUCAGCGUUAAGCACUGCGUGUAUAUAUAUAUGUAUAUAUACAUAAUCGAAUGAAAUUAGUUCAUGGUUCAAGGAUUGCGAGAAGAGUAUACACGAUCUAAGAUAUAUAUGCAUAUAUAUGUUCGUAUAUGUGUGUGUAAUUUAUGUGUGUAUGUGCGUAUGCGUAGAAUGAAUUCGAUGGAAUUUAUAUACCGACAAGAAUCUGUCCUGUACAGGAAGAAUCUUUACUGAUGAACGUUUAUUUUUGCCUUUAAACGUCCUCAUUUUACAAUCACCGGUAGAGCGUCGUAGAUAGAAAGAGAAUAAAUUUUCUAUUUAAAUAAUAAAUAAUUAUAUAUUUUAA